AUGGAUCAUCGCUUUAGGGAAAGAAGUAACAUUGUACUUGAUUGCUUCUCAUGUCUUGAUUCCAAAAACUCUUUCUCCAAGUUUGAUGUUGAUAAGCUUGCUCGUCUUGCUGAUAUUUAUCAUGUAGACUUUUCUGAUGAUGACCGUGGAACAAUAAGGGAGCAACUUGACACUUAUAUGGUUCAAACUGAGAAACAUUUGGUAUUUCCAUUGGUCUACAAACUCAUUGAGUUGGCUUUGAUAUUGCCGGUGUCGACAGCUUCCGUUGAAAGAGCUUUUUCAGCAAUGAAGAUUAUUAAGACUAAAUUGCGCAACAAGAUCAACAAUGUGUGGUUGAAUGACUUGAUGAUAUGUUACACCGAGCGGGAGAUAUUCAAGUCACUUGAUGAUGUUGAUAUUAUUCGAACAUUCACUCGAAAGAGGUCGCGGAAAGAGCAUUUACCUCCUAAUUUUAUUUAG